UCUCCGUUUGUACUACUCAUGAUUAAUAGUGCUGCGUUUCAUUUCGACCGACGUCUUGGUAUUCGCCAAACAUGGGGAAAUGCAAAGGAAUUUAAUGAGCGUUUUAAUAGCAAGCAUAUUUGGAAAGUAAUUUUUAUUGUUGGACGUACAGGAAAUGCUGCGACGGAUGCUCGAGUCAAACAAGAAGCAAUGAUUUAUGGUGAUUUAUUAGUCAUGGGUAAAAAAGAGCACCAUAAAUCUUUAACCGAAAAAACCCUAUUAGGUAUGUUUUGGGCAAAUCAAAUUUGUCCAGCAAAGUUUUACUACAAGGGUGACGACGAUGUAUGGGUAAAUAAGUGGAGGUUACUAGAUUAUUUAUUUAAAAUCAGUGCUACUUCAAGUUUUGAUCCAGCCAAUUGCUGGAUUGGUCUUGUUUCUGCUGGCAGCAGUGCUCCAGUACGCCAUAAAGGCAGUAAAUAUUAUGUAUCAUAUAGGGAUUUCGCUGGUACACGAUUUCCUCGAUUCUGUUCAGGAUUUAGUUAUGUCAUGGCUCGAGAAACUGCUAGUAAAUUGAUUCAAUCGAUACCGUUUCAUCAUAAGAUUACAAGUAUUGAUGAUGUUUACAUUGGAUUAUUAGCUUCUUCGUCAAAAGUUCUACCAGUUCAUAAUCCAAGAUUU